AUGGACGCGGCUGAGGCUAUACCGCCUAAUCAAAUAACAAGCAAGGGGAUCCUUCAGGAAGCGUACAAGCAGAAGGAAUCCAAAUUCACCCGGCCACAGCAAACAAUUCAAGAUCUUGAUGAACUACAAUCGUUCCAACAAGCAAAACGUAAAGAAUACGAACAACAACUAAACAAGAACCGAUUAAACUACGGCGAAUGGCUCAGGUAUGCUCGCUGGGAAGUGCAGCACAAUCACGAUUUCCCUCGUGCUCGGUCUAUAAUGGAACGAGCAUUGGAUGUCAAUAAUCAACAUGUGCCGUUCUGGGUGCUGUAUAUUCAAUUGGAAUUGUCCCACAAGAAUAUCAAUCACGCCCGGAAUUUACUUGACCGUGCCGUGAAAAUACUACCUCGAGUUAAUAAAUUGUGGUUUCUUUACGUUCAAACUGAGGAAUCGUUAAAGAAUUACCAUGUGGUGAGAAAUGUGUUUGAACGUUGGUUACGAUGGCAUCCGGAGCCAGCAGCUUGGGAUGCGUAUGUCUCGUUUGAAUCAAGGUAUGAAGAGUACGAUAAUGUCCGUAAUAUUUUCAUAAGAUACAUUCAGGAAUACCCUAAAGGGGAAACGUGGAACAAGUGGGUGGAUUUCGAAUUAGAAAACUCAGUUGAAAAUGUAAAUUCUAUACGAGCAGUGUUUGAAUCGGCGGUGGACACAUUGCUAGUUAGAGUCGAUGAAAAUGACCCUUACUUGCCAGUAAUCAUAUCUAGAUGGGCUGAUUGGGAAGUCUCAUGCGAUGAACUUGAAAGAGCAAGAGAAAUAUUUGAGUUAAUAACUGGAGAUCGAUUGAACUUACCGGCAAGUUUCCGUGAUUCCAUAAAUGAAUUGUUUACCCAAUUUGAAAAGGUUCAUGGCACUAAAGAUUCAAUCCAAUCAAGCACAGUUUUAAAACGCAAGGAACGAUACGAAUCGGAUAUUGCACAAGAUCCAACCGACUAUGAUUCCUGGUGGAAGUACAUAACCAUUCUACAAUCAAAUCAGAGAGUGGCUACUAUUCAAGAAGCAUUCAAGAACGCACUAUCCAACGUUCCUAAGGAUAAAUACAAGUCCAUCAAGUGGAGACGAUAUAUCAUGCUCUGGAUUAGAUUUGCAUUAUGGGAAGAAAUACAGAACGGAGACAUCGAAGCUGCUAGGACAAUAUGGGAUGAUUGUUUAAAAGUAAUCCCUCAUAAAUUAUUCACUUCCGGUAAAGUAUGGAAGGGCCUUGCCGAGUUUGAACUAAGAAAUAAUAGUACUGAAGAUAAUCUCGCAAAAGCCCGAAAGGUAUUGGGUAGAGCAAUUGGCCAAACAAGUGCUAAUGGACCAAAAAACAAUAUUUUGGAAUAUUAUAUAAAUCUUGAAACAAAAUUAGGUGAAUGGGAUAGGGUACGGUUGUUGUUUGAGAAAUGGUUGGAAAUUGCAUUAACUACAUCAACUUCUUGUCUUGAUAUAUUGAAGCAAUAUGUUGAGUUUGAACAAUCUUUGGGUGAGUACCAGCGUUGUGAAUCAAUAUUGUCUUUGUUUCUCGACUUAUCCAACAAUAAGGCUACUGCAGCCUCGUUUGAACCUGUUGACAAGUUUUUCCAUUUCUGUGUGGAAUUCUAUAAAGAUGAAAUGAAGUACGAUGAAAUUAGAAAAAUGUACCGAGACUUGUUGGAAAAGUCACCCAGUGCGUCUAAUUGGAUAUCUUUUGCUUUGUUUGAAUCAACGAUUCCCUCUAAAGAGCAGUUGGAAGAGUAUUUACAAUCUGAAGCUGACAGUUUUGAAGUUACUCUACAAGACGAGCAAAUUGAAAACACGAGAAACUUAUUUGAAGAAGCAGAAAAAUAUUUUCAAGACAAACAAGCUAACGAAGAUCGGUUGGUUGUAAUCGAAGCUUGGAAGAAUUAUGAAGAAGUUCAUGGCGACGACGAAAGCUUCGAUAGAGUGUCCAAGAAGAUUCCUACUAUUGUGAAAAAGACACGUAAUGUAGAUGGAAUUGAACAAGAGUACUUGGAUUAUGUGUUUCCAGAAGAUAAAUCGGAUGUGUCGUUCUCAGUCAAUGCAUUCUUGGCCAAUGCAAAGAAGUGGGCGGCGCAAUCCAAUGAUGUAUAG